AUGGCUUCUCAGUUGCUCCCGCUCGAGCUCAUCGACAAGUGUGUCGGCUCCCGAAUCUGGGUUAUCAUGAAGGGCGACAAGGAGUUCAGUGGAACGUUACUCGGUUUCGACGACUUCGUUAAUAUGGUUCUUGAGGAUGUCACCGAAUACGACUACACUGGCACUUCAACAAAGAUGUCCAAGAUCCUGCUCAACGGAAACAACAUCUGCAUGCUUAUUCCGGGCGGCAUGCCUGAGCAAUGA